UUUCCCUCAGAACUUCGCCGCCGCGCUCGCGCUCCUCCCCGCCUCCCGGUCCCUCACCUCUGAUCCCUCUUCCCCCUCCCUCCCUCCAAGAGGAAGAAGCGGGGCUCGCGCUCCGGGGACUCUUUUUUUUUUCUUUCCUCCUUCUCCCUUUGUUGUUGUAGGGGGUUGAGCGCGCGCCCGCCCGCCCGCGCGGCCUGGAGAGGAGGGGAGGGGGCUGUGGAACGAGAGAGAGAGAGAGAAAAGAAGAAGGGGGGGAAAGAGCGAGAAAGAAAACCGUAGAACUAUAAACUGGCCGUGCGGGCGGGCGCGCGAGACGGAGAGUAGUUGAUAGUGGAAAGGCGGGCGGGCGAAUAGUUUUUUUUGUUUGUUUGUUUUGGGGUGAGGAGGGCGGAGUUGUAAAAAAUAAGAAGAAAAGAGCUAGUAAUAAGAAGAAGUUAACCGGAGCCGGAGCCUCGGGGGCCGCUGUUCGGAGGGGCGGAGGGGAAAGAGCCGCCGCCGCCGCGCGGGAUAUGAGCUUUUUACCUCAGGUAAUAAGUUCGGAGGUGCUUUUUGUGUGUGGGGGGGGGCGCGCUGUUGUUGUUUGGGUUCCCGCGAGGAGGGAAAGGAAAGCGGGCAAACUCUCCCCCCGGGGGGGGGGGAGCCGGCGAGUUUCGUGGCAGCGGCUCUCCAUUGUGAGCCUCCGGAAUUGGCUCUCUUUUCCUUCCCAUGGGGGGGACGGACGACGGCAACGACGACGACUCUCUAUCUCCGCUUCUCUCAUAAGGAAGCCUCAAAGUUCGGGCCGGAAUUGUUCGCAUUCCUGCCUGGCCCUAGGCAAGAAAGGGAGAGACACCGAGUGAGGGAAGAAGGACGUAGGCGGGGGCUGGCUGGCUGGCUGGCGGGGCUUGUAAGGGGGGGUUGAAGUUGUGGCGUCCACGUAUUCUCCCCCCCCCGUAUUCCGCCGCCCCCCCUCGCCGCCUCAGGAAUUAGGAACAGCCAGAGAUGGGCCUCCAAGGAACUUGGAACGACCAAGCCUCUUGGAGGCAGAGGAGGGAAAAGAGUAUUUUCAUGGGGUGGGGGGGAGAAAUUGGCCUCCUUUGGGCCAGCAGGUCUGUCCAGAAAGAAAAGUUUGCCGCGCGAGAGCAAAUGUUGUUCCCCUUGUGGAAAGGGCUCCCCAGCCUUGCCUGGAAGCCGCAUCCUCUUGCCCUGGAAGCCUUUCCUCUUAAUCCCCCGAUGAGGAAGAGCUGCCUACGGUUUAUUCAAUGGCCAGUGAGAAAGAGGCAACUGCUUUCCACAUGCUUAAAGCAGUUUUUCUCCUCCUCACUAUUUCCAACACUGUUGCAGGGUAAAGCCCUAGUGAGCUUUGGUCUGCGUUAAUUCAGAGCUUGUAUUUAUUUCAUCUGCGACUUAAUCGUUUUUUGAUUUUGAUUUUGCUUCCCCUUUGAUUGGCAGAGCACAAUGGAGACAAGUUUCCCACUGCUCCUCAGGGUAUGGAAUUGUGUUUGAGAGAAGUUGAGAUACGUAGAAGGGUGAGGUCUCCUCCUUCGGCUCAUUAACUUUUCUUUUUUUGCAGAUGGCUUUCAGGAUAGUAGAUCAGCCGUGGCGCUAGGAUCCCGUUUUUCCAGAUACAUUCCUCGAGUGCUUGUUCUCUCUGUGUGUGUUCUUCUCUGGCUCUCCCCACAACUCACUUCAGUGCCUGCAUGGAAUAAGCCAGUCAGAGGCGUCUUCCAGUCUUAUUCUGUCUCCAGUUUGUAAGAGGCUUGUAUCCUGGCAUUGUGAAGAACAGCAAGGGCAACUGCUGUUGGUUUUCAUACCUCUCCCCACUGUAAAUGAGUGAAGGGUCUCUCCUUUUGACAAUGAUGAAAACUGAAGGAAAAGGAGAGAGGACUUUAAGAAGUGCUUCUCCACACAGAAAUGCCUAUAAAGCUGAUUUUCAUGCUAUUAAGUGCAGUUUUGAUUCUGUGAACGCGGAUAAUGCUUCAAAUAGAUCUGGCUCCCAGCAAAAGCUGACCAGCUCAUCCAAUGGUGGAGGUAAUGACCCACAUGUUCGGGGCAGAGCUGUCACCUAUGGCAACAGGGUGCAUAAGAUCAAAAAUAUGUUCAUGCAGAUGGGUGGCUCUUCCACUCCACUUUGUUCUGAGAACAGCCCACCCUCUGAGCCCAAGAUCAUCACCAAAACAGCUGCAAGUGACCCUGCUCCUCCUUCUCCCAGUAGCCCAUCUUUCUUCUGUGUUAAAAAAAACAACCUCCUAAAUAUUGACUCUGUCCCUUGCAGUGGUCCUCAGGAUUCUUUACCUGCUUCUUCGGUUACUGACAAAAUUAUCUGUAGCAGUGAUGAAGGACAUCUAGACAAAGCUGCCCUAGCGGAGAAGUUUUCUGAGACUAGGAAACUUUUUGAAAGGAACACAAAAAAACCAAGCUCAUUGGACAGAUGUACUCCUAGCAAAAAUGAAAGGAUUGAAGAUAGGAGGAGGCAUGGCUCUGCCUCCUCUGACGGUAGUAGUGUGGUUGAUCACUUUAAUUUCAAUACCGAUGUUGGCUCUCAAGUCACCAUAGACAAGGCAGAGGAUCAAGAGAACAGUGAACACAAGGUGCAGCACUCCAGCUCUAGAUUGUCCUCAUUGAAUGCUGGACCUAUUUCUAGAAGACUGGAGAGUUUCCUGGGAGACAGUGACAGUGAAGAGUGUAAAGACACUUCGAAAAAUGAGGGUACUCAAAGUCCAGUCGAGUCGGUGUUCUGCAGUUGGGAAUCACCAGUGGUUAAGGAAGAGCUGUACUUGAAGCAAAAUCAACCUCUUGCCACUCCUUCCUAUUUGAGCAGCAGCAGUACUAGUGAAAAGGAUGAACAGAGUAGGGUCACUGAAGAAGCAUCUGGAAGAGAGCAACAAACCUCUGAGAGGAAUCUGCAGUAUACAAACAAUGUGUCCACUAAAGUAGAUAGAGCCCCAAUAAAAAUCUCUCAGGUAGAAGUAGUUAGAGCUGAAUUGAUAAUGGUGCAGAAUAAAACUUCAGAGAAUGAUGGUGAAAUUGUGGGGGAAGUUAAUGUCUUCCAGAAGGAGAAACCACUCCGAUUUCCAAGCUGGGAAGGUGAAGGAAAUGGCCUCACCUUUGAAGAAAUGGAGAAACUUAGUGGGUGCAGUGAGCCCCAUCAAAAAGGAAUAAAAGAUGUGGCCUCACCGGUGGAAGUUCAAACAAGAGAGCAUGAUCAUGUAGAACAAGUAGGAGAUAGUGAAGAAGAGGAUGAAGAACAAGAAAGGCCAGAAAAUUGUAGUGGAUUUUCUUCCAGUGCUUUUGGGAUAGAGAAUGCAGCUUUUGACGAUGACAGAGAAACAGAGACUUAUAGUCAGGGCCCUGAAGGAGAGGAUACCUUGCCAGAGGAGGAAUACAACUAUGAUAGUAAUUAUGAGGAAUUUCCUGGACUUUCUGAAGAAGAAGAUCCCGAUCCAGAUAGGAAAGUAAAGUUUUCCACAGCCCCAAUCAAGGUAAAGUGUCAUGGAUAAUUGUAUUUUCCUUCCUUUUUCCUAAUGCCUAAUGUGAUGAUGCCAUUUCCAGAAGAUUACAUGUUGUAUGGUAUAAUCAUUGUUGCUUUUGAUUUAAUUAUGGUGACAAAUAAUACUAAAUGUAAUUGUAGAACCCCUUGGCUUCAUCCACCUGGUUUGUUUAGCGGCCAGUCCCUUUUGAUAUUAAUAGGACUUCCAAAUAAGUAUGCCUAUAAUUGGGUUGAAUGAGUGAUAUCCACUGCUUCUUCUUCACUAGUGGAAAGCUUCUGUCAGCAGAACAGUGGCAGAAGGCAGUUUUUGGUGACUCCUCUCUACACCCUCUCUACACCCUCUGCUGUCACUCAAAAACUGCUUCACAGGGUUUCUCAGCCCUCCAGAUUUUGAGGAGCCACAGGAGACUGAAGGGAAGAGGGAAUUACUGAGAAAUUCUUUUCUCUCCCAUUCUCCUGAUGGAUGCCUUUCGUCAGCAGGGGGGAGAAGUGUUGGAUAUCACCCAAAGUAUCUAAGGAAAUAUUUCCCAAUAGUGGUUAAUGUUUGAAGAUGAUCAUUUAUCUGGAACUUUCAAAUUGCUAGGCUUGUACAUGGAUUACCAUUUUAGGGUAGAACGGAUUGGGAAUAUUGUAGAGCUUCGGGGGAGGUUAGGGAGUUGUGUGUUUUCAAAAGUGUGGCAACAUAAAGGUUUGCAAAAGAUGGCACUGUUAACCAAGAUUGUUCCCAGUUACUUUUGCAAGUGUGAUGUGAACCUUGUGUCUUCCUAAAAGAAGUUUGACUUCAGUACUGAAUUAGAUUCACUUUUGCAACAAGUGUUUUUUUAAAGCUUGAAAGUUAACAUUUAAACAGUAUUAGUUGGAUGGUUACAUGAUACACAAAUUAGUUUUAUUAAUUUGCAUACAGCAGUUUACCCGGAGCCCUUAAUACUGGAAGAAACAGACAAAAGUGGGUAGAAUGUAGUUUGGGCACCCAGAAUUAUUUAUGCUUUGGAACAGGGGUAGGCAACCUAAGGCCUGGGGGCCGGAUGCGGCCCAAUCGCCUUCUCAAUCCGGACCGUGGACGAUCUGGGAAUCAGCGUGUUUUUACAUGAGUAGAAUGUGUCCUUUUAUUAAAAAUGCAUCUCUGGGUUAUUUGGGGGGCAUAGGAAUUUGUUUAUUCCUCCCCCCCCCAAAAAAAAUAUAGUCCGGCCCACCACAUGGUCUGAGGGAUGGUGGACCGGCCCAUGGCUGAAAAAGAUUGCUGACCCCUACUUUGGAAUUUAAAAAAAUAUUUAUAAAGCCUUCUGGUAGUGUGCUGCUAAUACAUGGCAAAUUUUAAACUUUAGUUAAAUGUCUGAGGCUGCUGUCCUAAGCAUGCUGAUUGGGCAGUAAGUCCCAUUGAAACUGGUGGGACUUAGUUUUGUAUGUAUAAGCAUGUUUAGAACCUUGAAGUAGGAGUAAAAUUUCACAACUCCAAAUCAAUUCUGUUCCAUAGCUGUUUUAUAUACAGUGGUACCUCGGGUUACAGACACCUCGGGCUACAGACACUUCAGGUUAUAGACUCCGCUAGCGCGGAAUUAGUACCUUGGGUCAAUAACUUUACCUCAGGAUGAGAACAGAAAUCAUGCGGCAGCAGCGGGAGGCCCCAUUAGCUAAAGUGAUACCUCAGGUUAAGAACAGUUUCAGAUUAAGAACAGACCUACGGAAUGAAUUAAGUUCUUAACCAGAGGUAUCACUGUAACCAGAAAUUAUAAGGCUCAUACACAAUGUGCCUAAUGCAGAGGUAGGUAGUGUGGUGACCUCCACAUUUUGUGGACUAUAAGUCCCAUCAACACAGACAGUUGGUUAUGCUGGCUGGGCAGAUGGGUGUUUUAGUCAAAGCAGCUGGAGGGCAAUACCUUUGCUAGCCAUGCCCUAAUUUAUGUGAAUUAUAUGUGUUUUUUACCCUGUUAUUACCUCAGUAAAAAAGAACAAUGACGGGCCAGGUUACUUCCUAUUUGCAUCCCUCAAUCAGUGUAUCCAGCUCUGACUGUACCAGUCACCUGAAAUUAGUAUAUAAAAGAAGAAGAAGAAUUCAAAAGCACCUUCUCACCUCCAAACAGGUACAGUAGUACCUUGGGUUAAGAACUUAAUUCAUUCUGGAGGUCGGUUCUUAACCUGAAACUGUUCUUAACCUGAGGUACCACUUUAGCUAUUGGGGACCCCCACUGCCCCCACGCCGCCGGAGCACAAUUUCUGUUCUCAUCCUGAAGCAAAGUUCUUAACCCGAGGUACUACUUCCGGGUUAGCGGAGUCUAACCUGAAGCGUCUGUAACCCGAGGUACCACUGUAGUUGAUAUUAAAAUUGUGGGCCGACAUGAUCAUGAGGUUAAAGUGUCUUUGCAAUUAACAUGUGUUUGUUUUAAUGUAAAUGGCAGCAACAUUGAAGGGGAACUGAUAAUUAUUGUUACUUGGAUUUCAGAAGGCAUGAGAAAGAAUUUAACCUUUUUCUCACCUGCUGUGAUCUUGAGAAUGAGCUGUUUGAAUUGGGAGAGAUUUCCCUAUUGGUGUGAAUGGGGAUUUCCAAGAGAAAAUGGCACUUUCAAAGGAGGGGUUUUCUUCAGGAUCAUAGCACAGAAGGAAAAGGGUUAAUUUGUCCUCCACAGCUGCUUAUCAGCCUAUACCACCGACAUGCUGCUAUUUGCUUCAUACAAGACCUGCAUGUUAAAUGGGAGACAUAGACAUAUUUAUGGUCUGCUUUGACCCCAUACUGAUAAUUCAGUUGCUCUGUGCCUGAAGAUACUUCCACUGCAGCCAAGUACUGUGCACAGGGAACCUUUGGAUUGAUGCUUUUAUUCUUAUCCUAAUAAGCACCUAGGUAGCCUAUUAAUUUUGUGAUUAUGCAGUAAAGGCCCAACACUUUGGUUUCAUGUUCAAGCAGUAAAGUUUCAAAAAGGAAUUCUGAAGAUCAUGUGACAAAAAUAAAAUGCAGUUUAGUUUAAAAUGCUAGCAUUUAAUAUCUCAGCCUCAGUUAACUUUUGGAAACUAAUGAAGAGUAUGUUGAAAAGGAACUGCUCUGGAUUGCAGCCAGUUGUUGGUCAUUCCGAAUCCAAAACCUCAUUCAUAGCCUAUGGGCAAACUUGAGGUAAACUAAUGUUGACAACUGAUGAUCAUAUGAUAUCUUCGUUUGACUGACUAUUAAAGAAUCAGCUGAUACCUUUCCCACCAUUUCUCUAACACAGGCUUCCUCAACCUCUGCCCUCCAGAUGUUUUUUGCCUACAACUCCCACGAUCCCUAGUUAGUAGGACCAGUGGUCAGGGAUGAUGGGAAUUGUAGUCUCAAAACAUCUGGAGGGCCGAGGUUGAGGAAGCCUGCUCUAACAUAUGUUACCUUGGGCCAACAUGUUUUUACUUUGCUGUAGUAAGCAUCAGUUUUGUCUUUCUUACAGUUCAUUUUUGAUUCCCAGAGCAUCUGACAUUGUGGUUCAGAGAUUGGGAGUACAGUGGUACCUUGGUUCUUGAAUUUAAUCCGUUCCGGGAGUCCAUUCAACUCUUGAAAUGGUUCAAGAACCAAGGCACAGCUUCUGAUUGGCUGCAGGAGCUUCCCGUGCUCAAUCAGAAGCCGUGUCAGACGUUUGGCUUCCGAAAAAGAUUCGCAAACUGGAACACUCACUUCCGGGUUUGCAGUAUUUGGGAGCCUCACUGUUCGACUACCAAGGUACCGCUGUAGAUGGAAAGCUCACAUAGUCCUUUUGCCUAUCUCCUCCCCUUUAUGGCAUGAUUCUCCCUUCUGUUGUCAAUGUUUAUCUCUGUACCAGUGUUAACCAUCGUUAAUUGAAAAAGGUUCCUUCUUACCUAAUGGUUUAGUGGUUAGAGUGUCAGACUAGGACCUGGGAAAAAUGGGGUUGGAAUCCCUACUGAGGCAUGAGACUCACUGGGUGAACUUGGUCCAGUCACUGUAUCUCAGCCUGACCUACCUCACAAUGGAGGUGGGAGAAGUUCUCUGCUGUUCUUAUUUCUCUUUUUUGCUACUUUCAGAAAGAGUAGCAGUAUUCUUCAACUAACAUGGUUCCCUGUAAUUGACCCAGGUGCGCAGAAUAGUGCAUGCUAAUGUUCCUCUCUUGCAUUUGCACUUAGAUGGUUAGGAUUGUGCUAAGCUACAUUUCUUUCUUAAGAUUUUGCAUGUAGGGGGUCCUAUAUAGAACCAUUCAAAAUCUAUACAAUUGUAGGCAAUUACUAUGAUGGCCGUAAAUAAGCAAUUCUUGGUGAAAGCUAAUCACAAUGUUGUGUACUUGAUAUACUGUACCUUAUUUUAAGGGUUUGACAUUAUCUUCCAUAAGCUACUUCCUAUCAUAUCAACGCUUUACAAUGGGGUGGGGUUUCCCACCCAAACUAGUCUUUGGGACAUUCUCGCUUCUUACUUAAAUUGGGCCUGAAAGGCCCCUCUCUUGUACUACCUUGUACAGCUUAGUGACACAUACUUUUUUCUUCCUUGCACCAAUAGCUCUAGUAGCUUAUACAGGAUUCAUAAUUUAAUGAAUAAUAAUGUUUAAUAAUAUUAAAAUAAUAAAAUUUAAUAAUAGAAAUGUUCUCAUUCACUGUGACCAAUUUGAUGGAACAAGACUGAAAGAUCCUCUUUUCAGCUUGGGGUGGGGAUUGUGAUUGGAUGUUAUGAGAACUGGUUUUUCCUUUUCUUUGUAUGUCAUGUCAUUUAGAUCUUUGUAAGCUACUCAUUGGAAGAGCAGAGUAAAUUCAUUCAAACCUUCUCAUUGUCAGUGGUACAGUAAUAAGGCAAAUUUUUGUUUCUGUUUGGGCAGUAAAAAAAGGAAUAGCUGUGGCAAUAAAAAUGGGAAGUAAGGAAUACCUUAAUGUGAUGCUUUGGUUGUGGUUUAUGAACCUGCUAAGCAUAAUAGUAAUGAGAAUCAAGUUCUAGAAUGGUUCUUUGAAAAUAUGAGGUUGACAAAAUGAUUUUUUCUGUAUCAUGGAGAACACUUCUCAGCGCAAGCAUAUACCUAGCAGAAAGUGUAUUGAUUAUAUUUCCCGUGGAUUAUGAAAAUAAAGGGAAGAAUAUAGUCACCUCAGAAUAUUUGUGCCCUUCUGGCUUUUUGAACUAUACUUGGUUAUAAUACUAAAAACUGCACAUAUCAUGUAAUAGUCUCUGCUGUUUUCUCAAAGGUGAUUUGGCAUAUUUGGGGUAUAUUUUUUAUUUUCAAAGGGCUUUGAAGUUGGAAAGGGCCUAGGAAUAUAGAAACCUGUCUUAAACCAAAUUAGACUACUGGUUCCUCUGGUUCAUUAUCAUCCAUGCUGGCUGGUAGUAGCUCUCUAGAAUUUUGGAUGGAGAAUAUUCACAGCCUUAUCUGAAUACACUGCCCCCUGCCAAAGUCCUCAAGUGGCAGGUAUCUCUAAUACCAUCCAACCUCUGCUAAAACCCUAAAGAGAUUUCACCACCUUCAAUAGCAGUGUGUCCCAUUGUUGAAAAGCUCAUACUGCCAGGAAGUUGUUCCUGAUGCUCAGUCUAUAUCCCUUUUCUUGUAAUUUGAAGUUAUUGGUUUCAGUCUUACUCUCCGGAGCAGCAGAAAAUAAAUAAAGUCACAAACUGCAUUUGUUAUUUGUGAGCUGGAAGUGAAGGCUUGGGAAGCUUUCUUAACCUGCUAGCUGCAUGGUGUUAAUGGCAGCCAUACACAUGGCAUGAUAUCUCAUCAAGCAUUUUGAAUACCAGUUGUUGCCAAAGUUGUUUGGGGAAUGUGAAGUUCUGUUCAUACUCACCAUUGUAUCCACACAUCUUACUCGAUAAUCUUUUAAAAUACCUUAACCAAUAUUGGCGUAAUUAGAAAUGAAGACGGGAUAGGGAACUUGUGCUUCCUUAGAUGCUGCUGGACUACAGCUGCCAACAUCUGUGACCAUUAGCCACACUGUCUGGGCUGAUGGGAGCUGAAGUUCAACAACAUCUGGAGGGCCACAGGUUUCUCACCCCUGCUGUAGAUGGUGUGGAAAUUUUCAGAGCACAUUGAGAAUAAAUGUCUUUACAGAAAAUGAUCUUAAGAGAUUUGAAUGAGCCUGUGUUUAUAUUAGGAGAAAUAGAAUUUCAUCUAUAUUACAGAUGACUACCAGUAGCUUUGGUUAUUAGGGGACAAUCUGCUACAAAUGGCAGAAUUAGAACAGGCGCUGGAAAAAUGGAAAUUAAAAUAACUUACAUUGGAAUGUUCAUAUCAUCCAUACUGAUUCAUCCUGCCACAUCAAAACAUGUUAACAGGAAAUAAACUGAUCAUUGCUGAAGUUUAAUAACCAUAGGCCUAAUUGUAUCUUGGUGCUUGUGAAUGAAAUCUCAUUUUAAAAGAUUGUGGAUUUUGGGGGGGAAAUACUUGUUCCAAAAUGAUCACACAAGCUCUAACCUCUGAAAGCAAACACCCUAGUAACCACUGACAGCCAAAAUUCAUAAUUAUGGUAGAUUAAAAGCAAGUGAGUGAGAGCUAAGUCAUACUCAGAGUACAGCAACUAAAAUUUAUGUACUUAAAUACACUGAUUUCAAUGGUCCUGUUCUGAGUAUGACUAAUAUUGCUUAUCAUCCAGUGACUUUAGCUUAUGCAUUUCCUGGAUGGGUGUGAUGUAAAAGUUCUAUUUCACUUGUGACACAGGAACAGAAAGAGCAAGGCUCUUGCAAUUACUUUUGUCAAAGGUACCCAGUAAGGGUGGGAGUGAACACAGUGCUGAAGUGCUAAGGGGGUGGUUUUCCCUUGACAGUGUGGUUGGAGUGAGGGAGAACUCAGUGGAUGUUGUUUGUGUUUUCAGAAUCUAACCUUCCUAUAGGAAACUUUUGGGGCCCAUAUUUCUAGUUGGCAAGCAAAUUGCUCAGAAAAUGCAUUCUUGCAUUGCAGGGGCUUGGACUAGAUGACCCUUGGGGUCCCUUCCAGCUCUACAGUUCUGGGAUUUGCACACACCCACUAUUCAUGAAAGCACCAAAGCUGUUGUCCAUAGGUCUCUACAUACAGAAAACUAGUUUCUCUCCGUUAAAAGCUCAGUUCAUUAGAAGUUAUUGUCUGGGAAGCUUCAUAAUUCAUGUAGCAAUUUGUGGUAUGUGUACAUGUGAGACCUACUUGCCUAGAUAGCCAAUCAAGGUACAGUGGUACCUCGGGUUACAUACGCUUCAGGUUAUAUACGCUUCAAGUUACAGACUCCGCUAACCCAGAAAUAGUACCUCGGGUUAAGACCUUUGCUUCACAAUGAGAACGGAAAUUGUGCAACGGCGGCGCAGCGGCAGCAGGAGGCCCCAUUAGCUAAAGUGGUGCUUCAGGUUAAGAACAGACCUCCAGAACAAAUUACCAUAGAUUCCGGCAUAUUAGGCGACUGGGCGUAUAAGACGACCCUGUCUUAUAUAUUGGCUCGGCGCUGGGAGGAAGCCGCCCAGCGAAGCCAGCUUAGCAUCGCUGGGCGGCUUCCUCCCGGCAUGGAGCCCGCUGUCCACUGCUGCGGCGGCGGCAGCUUCCGAAGCAGCAGUGGGUGCUGGGCUUCGCGCCGGGAGGAAGACAUACCUGGCGUAUAAGACGGCCCCCAACUUCUUAACCUCUUUUCCGGGGUUAAAAAGUCAUCUUAUACGCCGGAAUCUAUGGUAAGUACCACUGUAUUGCCUUGACCAUGACACUACUAGGUUCCUGUGCACAUCGUAUCUCACAGCUACUGUAUCUCAGGAGUUGUAGCUGGCACCUUUUUGGAAUAUAGUGAUUAGCAGGGUUUCUUUAAAAACAUUUUUUCUUAGGACCAAAGCAAAACACUCAAACAUAAAUUACAAAUAAAAUAUGUUUCACUAACAUGAACCUUGAGAAGAAAACAACUGAGGUAAAUAUAUUUCUCUACCCAAAAGCUAUAACAGGUUUUGUUGCACUAUCUCUAUACUCUCUAUACCCUGCAACUUACACACAUUUAACUUGUGCACAUACAGCUUUAUGUAAUAAUAAUAAUAAUAAUAAUAAUAAUAAUAAUGGGUGGAAUAGAGGUGAGGCUCUGGGAAGAAUUGCUUUGGCAAUCCCACUCACCUUUGAACCCAGUUGGUUUUGACUGUAAUACAAUAUUUUGGCUUUAAGUGCAAUCCACAGAAUGUAACCCUUGUGUAAAUUGCGUGCUUAGUAUAAUCCAAAUUGUAACCUCAGUUACUAUCACCUGUUUUAUUUAAUACAACCCCCCUUUUUUCUCUGUAACCCUAGUCUUUGUCUUAUAACCAUCACCAACAGACUUUUCUCAGAGGACAACUGCCUUUCCUCCAACCACCCACUCCCACUUUUGCAGAAUUGUUACUUCUGUGAAGAGUGGAUUGUAAGCUGUGGAAACCCAUCUACCUCUUUGUUAGUUUUUGGUGUUUUUUUUUGCAAUGUCCAGAAAUAUUGGCAAUAUAUAAAUACAGUAAUAUUCUUUUGUGCUACUUUCCCUUUCUGCUUCCUGUACAAAGCUAGAACUUUUGCAUCAACCAUGCAUUGACGUAUGUAGGUUCUAGAUAUGGAACUUGGUUGAAUUCCUGCUUUGCAUGGUAUACAGCAAUUGUGAAUCGUUAAUACUUCCCGUUACUACUUGUGUGCAACGUCAAAGACUGUUCUUGGAAAUUUUGUGUAACAGCCCAGAAUUCUGAAUUAGUUAGAUAGCACUUCAGUGAUACCUAGGGAAUAAAAACUCUUAUAUGAAGAAAUUUGAUUAUGAGAAUUUUUUUCGUCCAUGUCUAGUAACUUGAUUAUUUUAAAAGAAGCUGGUACAGAUCAUACUAUUUGUUUAUUUAUCUAUUUAUUCAUUUCAUUUAUAUACCACCUUUAUCUUCCAAGGAUCUCAAGAUAUAGCAGUUGCUAUUUCUGCUAUGUGGCUUGAUUUCAGAAACAGGUUUAAUUUGAAUAAAAGCAUUUUCUGAAAGAAGGACAUCUUCAUUCCUGUAGUAAAUACAUAACAAAUAUUUGUCUACUUUUUCUGAGGCAUUUUGGAUUACUGCCAAGAUUACUAAAUAUAGUGUUAUCAGAAACUUCAUGUUUCCUGUUCCUGGAAACAAUUUGAUUCUGCACAGAACAAACACAUUACUAAGAUUAUAUUAUUAACAAAUUAUAUUAUAAUAUUAGAAUAUGUCCCAUGAAAUAGAUGGAACUGAGUAAAAUAACUCAGUAGAAAAAAACCAAACAUGUAUAAGUUUUGUUUUUUUGUUUUGUUUUUAAAAAUACUUUACCAAAGACACCCUUCUUUGAAAAAGUGUAGUAGCUUUCAAUGCAGAUUUUUGCCAUCUGCAAACAGAAAAAACUAGCAUACUUCAAACCAGGUUUUGGCUUGUAUGUUUUUCAGACUAUCCUGUCCAAAGUAGAGCUCAAAAAAUGUGCUGAAAAAGUAGAUGUGAAGAGUUUUCAGUAGUCAGGGACUCCCUGACUCCUGUCAGCACCUUUUUGUUUUUUUGUUUAUCACUACUGUUGUCUUUUGCCAAAAAUCCAAGAGGAAGACACACAAACAGAAAGAAUGCAAAAAAUAGAAGCCUAUUCUCAAAAGCGCAAAUUGAUAAGUUUUAUUACAAGCCAUUGAUAAGCACUGUACAGUGGUACCUCGGGUUAAGUACUUAAUUCGUUCCGGAGGUCCUUUCUUAACCUGAAACUGUUCUUAACCUGAAGCACCACUUUAGCUAAUGGGGCCUCCUGCUGCUGCCGCGCCGCUGGAGCACGAUUUCUGUUCUCAUCCUGAAGCAAAGUGCUUAACCUGAUGCAUUAUUUCUGGGUUAGCGGAGUCUGUAACCUGAAGCGUAUGUAACCUGAAGCGUAUGUAACCCGAGGUACCACUGUAUUGUAUUUUGUUCUUAUCACAUUAUUUGACUUCUAUAUUUUUAAUUAUCUGUACAUUGUUCCUGAAGAAGGAACUGCACCCUGAAAUACAUUGAAUUGUAAUAAAUCUUAUUCAUUGACACUUUUGAGAACAGGUUUUUCCUUUUUGCAUGUUUUCUACCUCUUUCUUUUGUCUUAGCUCAGUGGGCUGCCUAUACCCAAUCUUCAUACCUUUUGUUUCUUUGUGUUGUUUUUAAAAUAAUUUUGAUUAUUCGUUCAUUUGAAAACUGGGCCAUGGAAGCAGACCAAAUUAUUUAAGUUAGGAGAUAUAACUCAUAUUCUUAUGUUAAGACUAAAUCUUUUAUUCCUUUGAUGUGGAAUUUUGGUUAACUUUGUGUGGAGUUGAUGACUUUGGGUAAAGACUUCAUAUACUUCAUUGGUUAGAGAAAUUGCAAAAGGGGUAGGAAAAUGAAGGGUUCUGUAUUAGUAUUUACAUGCAAAUAGUAUCUGGUUUUUAGAUCUAGUGAACUCUCAUGAGUGCAAAACUGUUCUAAAACCAUCUCUUAUUUUCUUAGGUAUUCAGUACUUACUCAAAUGAAGACUAUGAUAGACGUAAUGAAGAGGUUGACCCUGUGUCAGCAUCAGCUGAGUAUGAACUUGAGAAAAGGGUGGAGAAAAUGGAGGUUUUUCCUGUGGAAAUUGAAAAAGGUAUGCAUUUUAAACAUUUAUCCUGCAAAAAUAACUUUUACUUUCAGGCCAAAGUGGUCAAAAUGGCCUAGAAUUAAGCCUUGGUGAAGUUGAUGGGAAUUGUGAGUAGACAUAGAAGACUAAUGAAAGGCCUUGUUAGCUGAGUUUAGGAUUGCUUCUUGAAUGUUUGAUAAAGCCUGGAAGGCUGAAAUAGAAAUAUUUUUGAAAAUUGAAUGGAAGAUUGUACAGUACGGGAAUGCGUGCAAAAACAGAAUUCAUUGGUUUGUCACAGUACAUCAUUCUUUUUUUAAGAAUGCAUAAAUGCACUUCUUACUUCAGUCAUCAUAGAAUGACUUCUUGUUUAUGAUUUAAAUACUAUAUUAAGCCAGUAAGGCAUUUUGCACAUAUGACCAAUAAUUAUUAGCUAUGAAUCUAAUUUUAAAAAUACACAGUCUUUUUCUUUUCUUUUGUAACCCAUAGGUGACAGUGGUUUAGGUAUCAGUAUUAUUGGAAUGGGUGUUGGUGCAGAUCAGGGACUGGAAAAGCUGGGAAUCUUUGUAAAAACGAUUACUGAAGGUGGAGCUGCUCAGAAAGACGGUCGGUAAGUUUCCGCUAGGAAUGCUUAUUCUGUUUUGCAGAUAUUAGUAAAACCAAGCCAGAGUAAAAGUAUAUGAACUAAGUUUUAUUACUUUCAGUAUCUUAAUGUUUCACUGGUUCAGUUCAGGUGAAAUGGGAAACCAUGUUUUCCUUCUAUAAGGAUAUUGUGUAUUAGAGAGAUAGUUGCACAACACAGUAGGCCAUGUAAAUUCUAUUUUUUCACUCAUGCAGUGUUAGUGUGCAAAGGUGGAUGUCUUCUUUAAAUAUCCUAUGAGAUUACAGCCCCUAUAUUGUGCUGAAUGUCAUUCUAGAAGGUUCUCCAACCCCUAGAAGCUUGCUUAUUACCACUGUAACAGAAGGAAGGUGCAGAUAGGAUCUUACACAAGCUCUUCGUUAUCAAAAAUGUAUCACUUGGAAUCGAGCAAGUGCAUAUUGCCUCCUUAAGAAGUUCAUAACUAGUUUAAAUAUAUACUCUCCAAGUCCCUACCUGCACUUUAAACAUAUACUUUCAUUUUUAAAGCAAGCAUAUUUGAGUCUGGUUUAGAUCUUUAGUUUCUUUUUCCCUGUGGGAGGGGGCUCAUUUGUGAGGAAAGGUGGGAUAUAAAUAGAAUUAAUAAUCUAUCCAAAAGUUACCAUUGAAAAUAUUCUGUAGGGUGUGUUCUGUAGAACAUAAUGACCAGACAGGCCCUUACUCAUAUGCUUUUUAUUGUUUUCAUUCAAAUGCCCUUUUUUUUAAAACAAAUAUAGUGUGGUGUGUAAUACCAAAUACGUUUAUUCUUUGCCUUGCAGAAUCCAAGUAAAUGAUCAAAUUGUUGAAGUUGAUGGUAUAAGUCUUGUUGGAGUAACCCAGUUUUUUGCAGCAACUGUACUAAAAAAUACAAAAGGCACAGUCAGGUAUGUGUAAUUUUAUAAAAUAGCUAAGCAGGGUUUUUUUAGUAAUAGAGUUGAAGGGGAAGUAUUAAAAUUAUUUCCUGCUGGUGACACUGUCAUUUUAUAUUUGACUUAUUGAUGGUGGUUGAUGGUUUUCUGUAGGUUUCUGAUUGGAAGAGAAAAACCAGGAACUCAGAGUGAAGUAGCUCGACUUAUAAGUGAGACAUUGGAGCAGGAGAGAUGUUUGUAUGAGCAUCAGUAUGCCCAUGAUGAUACAGAACAGGUAUCAAUUAAAAUACAACAUUGCAUGUACGUUGUACACCUUUCCUCUCCUAUGCCCUGCUCCCAAGUUCUUCUCUUGGCUCAUUCUGAGCCCCGUUUCCUGCUGAUCUUGCUGUGUUCUCCACUCCUCAUAACUGUCCACAUAAUCACGAGGCGGUACAGUCACGUUCAGCCUUACCAGUCAAAUAUAGUUCAUAAUGUGAAUGGGCAACUUUGCUGACUGAAUCCACUGCCAUUUUUGCUUUCUAUUCCUUCACCCAAGUAAACUCCCAGGGUCCCCCAAGCAUUUGCUCCAUCUUUGUGGGUGGUGAUGUUUUGAAUGUGUAGAGAUUGUCACUUACCCUGAACACCAGUAAUAGAAAGAAAUAUUACAACUUCCCACUGUACAUGUUCAAAAUAUUUCAGCAAACCUUUUCCUUUCCUGGAGGAUGCUGAGUGGACAGCAGAUGUUUAAUCUAUAGCCCUAGCCAGCAAGUAGCUUUCUUAAAGAGCUAUUUUGAGAAAUGAGAGAGAUAGUGGGCCAGUAUAUUAACCACCAGCCUAUAAAGUACAGUAUUUUUCUGUGUACAAGACAAAUGUUUCCCCCCCAAAUUUUUAGUCAAAAUUGGGGGUUGUCUUAUGCACAGAUUUAUAUAGUAAGUCUUGGGUGAGCUGGUACUCAGGGCCACGGAGAGGUGAGACGGUGUUGAGGUGAGGAGGGAGCCUGGCCGUGGCGCCGUCAACUUUCUCUGGCUGAGGUGAGGCGAAGCCAGACACAGACUGGAGAGGCGAGGCGAGGCUGUGCUGAGGUGCAAGGGAUCGAGUGGGGAAUCGCCAUAAAAAAACUCAACAACCUUUUGGGUGAUUUCCCCCAAAAGCUGAACAACUUUAAAAUAACGAUUUCUAAAUUUUGGGCUCCCAAAAGUAGGGGUUGUAUUAUACAUGGGGUUGUGUUAUACACAGAAAAAUACGGUAUCUUGCUUUUUGUUACCAGUUACUGUAUUUUUCUCUUCAACUUAGGUGUCUGUGAGGGGGCAGGUUGCACUCCUCAGUUGACCGGAUUUAGUCCCAGCGGACUCUGGUUGCUGACUUCUAAUGUAAAAGCUGUAAUAAAGUAAUCUAUGCAACUAAAAGCUUUUGGAUAUGUUUGUACCUGAGAAGUGCCCUCCUAUAAUGAUCAAAUACAAUGGAGUUCAAAACUAGUAUGUGUCUUUUUUGGACAGCAAAUGCAAGAAAAAUGUGUAGUGUUACAAGAGAGUAGAGGAAACACUUCUCCACCUGCUUUCUCCAUGUCAUGAAUAAUUUUAUACACUGCUAUCAUGUAGCCUCCUGCUUGACUUUUCUCUAAACUUAAAAGCCCCAGAUUCUGUAACUUAUUAAAUGGGAGUUUUUCCACUCCCUUGAUCAUUUUGAUUGUCUUUUCUUGAACCUUUUCCAACUUUACAAUAUGCUUUUUGAAGUGAGGCAACUGUUUUUGAGUAUUUCAAGUUGAAUUGUGUAUGGAUUUACACAGGUUGUUGUUGUUAUUAUUUUAAAUGCAAAAAUAUAGAAGUGACAUUUCAAAGCCAUUUUAUCUUUGUUAGAAAAAGUUGUACUUAUUUUCUAUAAUACAUAAUACCUUUUCAGGAUGAUGAUUAUGAUGAAGAUGAAGAUUCUUUUGAAUCACAUUUACAUGGAAAAUCGGUGGAAGUGUUUUAUCUUCCUGAAAAUGAGGAUAUUAAUUUGCCACUAGACAUGGAUUCUACACAGUUUCUGUUGAAGUUUAAAGAGGUAUGAUGCAAUGAUUUGCUGCCUAUUAAAUGGGUAAUUAAUUUUGGUUGGACUCCAUUACAUGUCCCUGUUACAUGUUCUAUUGUCUACAGACAUUAGCAUGAUUCACACAUUUGCCUUAGACUGCACAAAUGUGCAGGCUUCUGCCUUAAAUCUGCUUUGCUCCUCCCUGACACUUUUUUGCUGCUGUGCUGCACUGAGCUAAGGUUUGGCUUAACAUGUCAUCUGAGCUGGGAGUCAUGGUUAAGCUCCCUCCUCCCUAACCAUGAGCCUGUAACAAAGAGCAAACCUUAACCAUGAGUCCUAGUUCAGGCAAUUUAGCUUAGUGUGGCAUGGUUGCAAAGAGGACUGGGAGCAGCAAAAUGACUGCAAUCAACUCUCCAGGAGCUGACACGUUAAUUCAGUUUUACUUAACCAAGGUUUGGUUACAGCAUCUACACUGUAAUUCUAGAUCUAAGGAUAUUUUUCUCCUUAAAUCUUCUGCUGUUCCUUUAUGAAAAGAAUAAUUUAUUAGCAAAUCACUUCUCAAAUGGUAGAUUUCACGGAAAAAGAGCAAGUUAGCAGAAAUUUAUCAAUAUAUGUUAGCUAUAUAUUGGCAGUAUAUUUUACUGAUUACAGAACUAUAUCCAUUCCACUGCCUGCUUGCCUGCCUUUAUUUCACACCUUUCCCCCAGAAGUGAGGCUCAAGGCAACUCAUUUAAAUUAAAGCAACAUGGAUAAACUGCAGAUAGGUGAAAACAUAGGGUGAUAUCAACUGAGCAAGUAAUAAUAAACAUAGGUUGAAAUCCAAAGAGUCUCUUAGAUCCAUAUUGGUUCUUCUGUUUACAUCCAGGAGCUUCCCUGUUUGGUUGAAGUUUCUUCCUCAUCUGCACUGGGAGAGCAGUACUGAAGUGUGCUUUCACAGUUAUUCUGAGUUCUAUGGGUGAUGUCUUCAGCGGCCUCAAAAUCUUUACGUUGAGCUUCUUCAGGGGACAUUUAGAUCUGAGUCUUUAUCAGAUAGACCUUACUAACUUUCUGAUAUAAAAAACAAAACUUGUUUUUGCAUUGGCAUGUGUAAUAUCAAGCCUUCAGAAUAUACUUCUCCAGAGGUGCUUUUUAAAAAACACAAAACUAUUCAAGACCGAAAGUAUAAUCUUUCAGUCUCCACAUGUGUGAGCUAGGGACUUGGUUGUUUGUUCUCAUUUGAAUUAUGCUCCUUUGGUCAUGCUGCAACCCUGAGAGUUUCAUAAGUUAGUAGUGGAUCACUUCUUUUAUUGUUAUCUUGCAAAGGAUAAUCAGUCUGAAAUGUUUUCCUUCUUAGAAUUCUGUCAGUGAAUAAUGAAACUUGAUCACUUACCUUUAAAAAUAUUUAAAUUCACGGCAGAAUCCGUGACCUGGGAGAAGAAAGGAUUGAGGAGGAUUGGAAGAAAUUUAAGAACUAUUUACAAAAAUAUUGCAAUUUGAGUGAAUGCUAAAUAAGAUGCUAGACUAAAAUAACUGAGCACCACUAAAUUUAGAAGUUUUCUAUGAAAAUAAGUAAGACUGUGAAAAUUUAAUUCCCUUUGAAAAUUAUAAGAUUAUGAAAUAUAGAAGCGAUAUAAGAAUUUAAAUAAGAUGAUAAAUUGCUGACAAAAUGUUAUAACGAUGAAAGUGGGAGCGGGAGAUGUGAGGAAGUCCAAAGAAAAUGUGAAAUUAUGUCAAGACAAAGGUCAUAUUGUUUAAUAUGUUUAUUUUUAUUGUAAAACCCAAUAAAUUGCCUUAAAAAAAAAAAAAAAUAUUUAAAUUCAGAUCUUUUUUUCCAGAAAGCUUUUUUAUUUGCUUUCAUAUUUUUAUUUGCUUUCAUAUUUUAUGUUAGAUUUUAUGUUUGCUUUCAUAUUUUAUGUUAGAUAUUCGGUAAAAAGUAUGUGUUAGCAUUACAUUCCUGAACCAGCAAUAGUUGGAAAUGAGUGGUUGACUCAGAAAUAGGAAUACAUACACCAGCAAACUCAUCCAAUAAGCACAGUGUGCUCACCAUAAAUAUUACAUUGCAGAUAAAUAGAUCUCACUUGCUUCAUAGAUCCUUUUUAUGUUUAGAGAUACUCUGAACAUAGCAGUAGAAACUGCAGUAUAGAAUUACUGUGUUUAAGGACUUAAUGAUCUUACAAAAACAACCACCUUUCAUAUACCCAUUGUUUUCUCCUCUGACAAGUUGUUUUUUAUUAUCCUUUUGUAGCUACAGUUGAAGCAUGCAGUUACGACAGCUGAAGUUAACCAACUUAAGGAAAAGGUACAGUUUUAAUAUAUAAUGAUAAAUGAAAAUUGUUUUGGUUUGUAUGUGGAUAUGCUGAGGACAGCUAUGGUGAAACCAAACUUUAAUCAAAGCAAGUAAGCUCAUUAUUUAAAUAAAUUAUUUAUGAUGAUUGAUGAAGGAUGUUGGUCCUUGUAUAUUUUUUCCUUUCUCUUGGUAUUUUUGUUUUAAAUAUAAAUAUGAUGUGUUUAUUAAAUUAUUCCAUGUAAUAAUGCUUUGGAAACAAAAGCAAGCUCAGAACCAUCCAGGUAGAAAUGGCAACUGUAUCGGAGGAAGAUUGCAUUAGAUCUUGCUCUGUGCACCCCAGUUUUAUUUCCAACACACCUUUGUCUGCUGCCUAUUCUCACUUUGUGAAGAGAACAACCUUCUUUCCCUUCAUCAUCUAUAGUGCCAGGCUUGAGAAUUACAUGGUGCAGUCUGAUUUCUUACCUCCUGCUACAGAAGGGAAAAUUUUACCAGGUGCACUGUAGAAAUGUUGGUAUGUUGUCUAUGUGCUGAAAGUUUUAUUAAGAUGGAGAAUUGCAACAUUUGUUGAUAAGGAAAGCGCGUGCGCACACAGACACACACAAAUAAAUUGAAUGUUAGCAUAAAAAACUGUACCAGGUGUGGAUUUUUCAAUCACUGCAGAACUGUGUUGGGAAAAUAUCUGACAGGCAAAGUAGAUUCAUUCUAUGUAAAUUUCAAUAGGAGUCUUUGAUCUGUCAAUAUUAUUCCUACAUUAUCAUUUUAAUAGCAGAGUGGCAAUGACUUGUCGCACAGAGUGAGCUAUGGCUACUGAAUGAAUGAAUUUUAUUAUUACGGUCACAGACCAGUUCCGGCUAUGGCUACUCUCUUUCCUUCUAUCUAAAGUACAGUAUGAAAAGUAAAUCUCAAGCUGCACUGGGACAACUGCUUACAUGGUAGGGAGAAAACAGGAACCUCUGCAAAAGCAUCUUCUAUGAAACUCGUAAAUGUUACUCAAGCCUUGGAUCUGACAACACCAUUGCCAAUUUCAUUUAUUUAAAGCCUUUUAAUCCCACUCUUCAACCAAAAAAGCCCCCAAAUUCCGAUGCAGAUACGGAUUGAAUGUAAAUGUAUACUGCAGCUUCAAUGACUUGUAUGAAACUCUCAAAAUAUUGCUAGCAAUAAGCUGUCUGAUGGUGUAGGCCUUUAGAAAUGAGUUUGUUUCUGAAGGUGGGAUAGCAUAUUUGUCUUCCAUACUGACAGGAGCAGUCUGAAUCUUAGAAGUUUGGUUCCUCAUUUAUUUGGGGUGUGGCCAGAAAUAAAAAAUAAAAUGAGAAUAUGUUGUAAAAUGAAUAAUCCUGAACAGAUUUUGUCUAGAAGGACUUCUAUGAAUCUAAAGCAAUAUUAGCUGUAUCAGUGAUAUGCAAGUCAGUAGCUUUUUGUUGCUGUUGUUGUUUUAUUUUCAUUGCUGCACAUAGCUGCCAACUUUUCCCUUUUCUUGCGAGGAAUCCUAUUUGGAAUAAGGGAAUUUCCCUUAAAAAAAGGGAAACAUUGACAGCUAUGUUGCUGCAUUAGAACUGACUUAUUCUUUUUUAAGACUCAUAAAUGAUUGUGAAGAGUUACAUAGCUGAUACCUAAUACUGAUGAAUUGUUUUUUAAAGUUAAAAGCAUCAGAAGCUGAAAAAAUUGAAUGGGAGUUAACUAAAUCCCAGCUCCAGGAAACUUUAAGUGAGAACAAAGAAAAAAUAAAGAAGUUGGAGACCUAUUGGUUAGAAGCACAAAGUUUAUGCAAAACAGUAAAUGAACAUCUUAAAGAAACUCAGGAACAAUAUGAUGCCCUGGAGAAAAAAUACAACAAGGCCAAAAAAUUACUCAAAGAGUUUCAGCAAAAGUAAGUUCAUUGUCAUUUUCUUUCAGUUAAUCUCAUACAGGACAUUCCAUGUCAUUUCUUGCAUGUACUAUAAGUUAUGCAUAUAUGUCAGUGGUUGAUUUUGGAUGAUGCAGAAAAAUCUAAGAGAGUUUGAUUUCAGUAGUGAAAACACUCUGAAACAUGGAAAGCAUAAAUAGAGGGAAGUUAUCUAAGUUGAUGCCACAAUGGGAAAAUGCAUCGUUUACAACAUCUAUCUCAUCAUCUGACAGAUACACCAUGUAGUUUCUACAGAGUAUUUAAAAACAAAGUGACAAUACUUUGAUAGUGUAUCAUUUGCUAUUAUCUUGGAGGGGCUUUGAGAGACUUUUUGAGGCACCUCAAUUCUCUAAUAAACACAGCAGAGAGGUAAAUUGGAUAGGAUUCAGAGUGUGUAAAUCUAAAGGUAAAUUUUAAGUAAAAACAAAUAAAGAACUUUUAAAGGAACCAGGAGGUCACAUGGAACAUCUGCUAAGCAACAGAUUUAACAUUUAAAAUAGGGUGGCAGGUGGGAGUAGAAUAGAAAACCACAACACAUUUUCUCCUUAGACUGGUUAGUCAAAUCCUGCAACAGGGUCUUCUGUAUGUGCAUUCAGAGGCAUGCAAGAAAAUUGAAUCCAUCAGGCUGCUUACAAUGUUUUGGUCUUAAGGAAAAAUGGAACUGGUCAGGUUAAUAAAAAACAAUGAGAUUACUUAAAAAUGUAUUUUGCUGGUAAGAACAGGCCAUCUUGGUAAGCAGGAGAGGACAGUGGCAAUAGAAAGAGUAGAUGUGGGCAGGAAGGGAGUGAGUGGGAGAACAAAGAACAAGUAGUAAGAAAGAGGACAGGAAGCUGCAAUUUCAUGGAGAUGUUGGUGGUCACUAGUUGUAUAUAACAACCAGAAUAAUACUGUGUAAGAGAUGAGAUUGUAAAAGUAGAAGACUUAACAAUAUAUACUGGUAGUUAUUUUUAGUUUUUCAAUGCACGUUGAUAACUAGCUCAACAUGAUAACUAGCUCAACUAGCUCCUUCUGAAUUGCAUAAUGUGACUGUUUCUUUCCCCUUCCAGAGAAGUAGAACUCAUGAAAAAGGAAGAGGAUCAUACAAAAAUUAUUGGAGAGAGAGACCAGGAGCAUGUAAAUCAGCUGAAAAUAUUGCAGGAGAAGGUUAGACAAGAUGACUUAGUAAUUACUGGCUUUAAAUAUGUUAAAAACUGCUUUAUUGAUUUUUAAAUUGCAUUGUAACAUUUUCAGAUUUCAGAGCUUGAAGAUAAAUUAAAAAUAUAUGAGAGACUCCCAUUUAUGUUUGGAAAUAGCAGUUUAUUUGAAACUGCAACUCCAAGUCCUGAACAACUUACAGAAAACCUUGAAGUAAAAGAUGAUGUUCAAGAAUUUGAGUCUUCAAUAGAGAAACUGGAUUUUUCUGGUAAGUAAAAGUAGAAAUUCAGCAGCAUUUAUUUCUUUGAUUUCUUAAAUAUGUGCUAUAUGUUGUUGCUAUGAAUUUUACAGUGGAAGGUGUCAAUCUUGCUAGUAAGUAGAACUGUUAGUCCCUAGGUGAAGCUUCAGUCUGAUGAAGCAGGAAUAAUACUGAUUCCCUUUGUGUAUAAAUAGGGCUAUUUCAGGGCUUAAAACCUUUACUGCACUUUUACUGCAUCAGUGGGAACCUCCAACCCUGAAAACCUUGGAUACUUCCCCUGUAUUGUUUGAUUCCAGCCAGCGUUCGAAACUCCCAUUUUUCUAGGCGCAUUUUGCGACAGGGAAUUUCAUUAGCACAAGUAGUUUCUGAGCUCUGGGCGCAGUACUGCACCAAAGAUUUCAGAUUAAAACUGUGGAGUUGAAGGAAAGGAGGACCUUUUUCUGCCUCCCCACUUCCAGCUACUCUAUGAGGACUGGAGAAGAUACCCUCUUAAGAAUAUUAGGGUGGGUGGGGAGGAGGAGGACUACACCAUGUGAAAAAUGAGCAUAAUAUUUUAGCUGCAGUUCAUUCCUUUUCAGCUUUGUAUUCUUGCUAUUAAAAAAGUGCACCUAGACCAGGGGUCAGCAAACUUUUUCAGGAGGGAGCCGGUCCACUGUCCCUCGACCUUGUGGGGGGCCGGACCCACCCUCUCCUGAAAGCACCCCACCGCCGCCACUCCACUCACACCGCAGCUGUUGACACCGCCUUGUCUUCGGCAGUGUCGUCGUCGUUCUCUGCCUCGGCUAGGGGUCCGUGGGGCACAGAGCCCAGGCCGCUGGCCUUGGCGGCGAAGGCAGCCUCCCUGCCGUUGCCUUUUCCUCCCGCUCAGGUCUUGGCCAUGCACAGCCAUCUCAGCGGGAAGGAAGGGGCAUUGCCCAGAGGUGUCCACGGCUUUGGAUUGUAUGCAGGGGCUUCCUGGGGCCAAUCUGAAGCCGUGCCAGUGUCGCGGAAGUCAGUCCCCAUGCGACGAGGCCUCCGCUCUGUGCUGGUUAGCGCGGGGGCUGACUUGCGGCAGGCAAGGUUUGUGGGCCAGAUUAACGAGCCCGGUGGGCCGCAUCCGUCCCCCCGAGCCUUAGUUUGCCGACCCCCCAUUGUUGCACCCAUAACCUAGGUUUAAGGUGCCAUUUAGCUCCUAGCUUUCAUUUCUCAGUUUCUAACACCGAUUCCAGACCAUUGGGCACAGGAAACUGCUUGCAGGCACACAGAUCAACUGACUCUUGGCGUCUGCAUGCCCCCUAAGCCUUUGCCUGCAAUGUUGAUUUUAAAUCAUGUGGGCAUAGGAAAACAUUUCACCUGACAGAAUGGUGACUUCAGAUGAUUGCUGUGAAAUGGCCCACAGGGUUUGGGGGAGGUAACAAUUUAGCCUGCUGGCAUCAAAAGGUUCACCACAACUGUAUUGCUGAGUCUAGUUGUCUUCAGGGUUCCUAACUGAAAGAGUCCCUGCUAAGGAAUAUGUCUUUUUUUUUUAAAUGAAAUAUGUUUCCUCUUUCUAAGGGGAAAACUUGCUUGUAGCUGCUCCAACAGAAAGUGCAAUGGUCAUCUUAAAAGUCAAUCUAAAUCUGACCAGGGCAGAUCCUUAACUGGAGUUAAGUGAUAGGAGCACUGGGAUAUGCAUCUCCCAACAUCCUGUAAUAAAGAUCUCCUGAUAUCCUUACUCAUGGUAUGCACAGAAGUUGCAUACAUAAUGAGAAGAACAUAUACAUUUUGUAUCCUCAGUGAAGUAAUAAAUUAGGUAUGUAGUAUUAGACAACUGUUAGACAACUGUUAAUCAACCUGUAAAAGGUGCACAGUACAAGCAAAAUUUUUAAGUUCUUCAAUAUAUUCUUUAAUACAAUCCACUUUGAAUUGCCAUCUGUUUGCUAAUUCAGCAAGGUAAUGCCUUCUGUUGUAAAACUCAGGUAUGGUCCUGACUGUUGUGUACUAACAAAGAACUUAACAAACAACUUAUAAAAGUGCAUUUUAUUGAACCAGCUGCGCUACUGAAAAGGGUGUGCAAGCUUUGGAGUCUGAAUUCUGUGUUUCCAUUCAAUUUAUAGAGAGUCAGAUUACUUAAGACAUUGAAUGCAAGCUUAUAAAAGAGCACUGACUAAUUUUGUUAGGGAGGGAAUGGGGAGACAGAGGUUCUGUUGCUGAAAUAUCAUUUUUAAGGUAACUUUGUUUUGUUUUGUUUUGUUUUGUUUACAGAUUUUGAUACUUUUGUUGGGGACACACCAAGGUUAGACACCAGUGCACAUAAAGCAAAAGCCCAGCUUGCCUUGAAAGUGAAACGUCAGCCACCUUCUCGGUCAAAGCUGAAAGCAUCUCUUGGGGCUGGACAGAAGGAAAUAAACUUGCUGGUACAGUAUUCACUUUAUUGAUUCCCCUCCAGAUAUAAUUUAACUUUGUUUAAAUGCACUCACUGAUGAGAUUAAUUUUAUCAUUUACCCAACACUCCUCUGUACCACCUUUCCACCCUUAAUAAAAUGUCCUGCUGUGAGCUGGGUUUUUGCUGCACAUUUCAGUAAAUCUCUCUUCCUGCUGCCACCACAACAAAUUUAUCUGAAAACUCCACCCCUAAUAUAGCCAAGUAUGAGGCAUGUAAUUUAAUACAAAUAAUAUAUUAAAUAAAAAAGUAUUGAACAGUGGUUGUAUGAUUACUUGAAGUACAUAAGCAUUUGGUACCUUGGACUUAGGCAAUUAUUAAAACUUUAAAUUUAAAAACUUUUAUUUCUUAAUACAUUUUUAGGAUGUGGAUAAUGAUGAUAAUAAUACAGAGGAAAUAAUCCAGAGCAGAUCUUCAGAAGUGACAGAGAAGAUCAUUUCAUCACAUCAGCAGAGUGAUGUAGAUCAAAGAGAUGAGAAGCAUGAGCAUGCUGAAAGCACUGACAGUUUAUUAGAAUCAAGUCCAUCAACUUCCUUGCACUCUUCUCCAGUAUAUAAACCAAACACAGAAAAUAGUCCUGAAACAACUCAGCCAGCUUCUAAUGAUGAUACAACUCCAAAUUCUCCUUCAGGAUGCAGCAGAAAUGUCAAGCAUAGAGACUCAAAAGGCAAAGGAAGAGUGAAUAAAGGUAAUUUAAAAUUCCUAGUGUUUAAAAAUUUUAAGUCCUGAAAAACUGUUGAUACACAGAGUGGUUCUUGCCUCCUGCUAUUAAAAGUUAAACAAUUGCUGUUUCUCCAUUCUUGUACAUUAUGCCUCUAAUGUAAGCAACACUGUAAAUUUAAUGUAAUAUUUAAUCUUCUAUUUAAAUGCAAGAAAUUGCACAGUCAGUAUGCUUCAGUCAUUUGAUGUCACCUUGCAAAAGCAAAGAACAAUAUAUUGCAAAAUGUUUGUCAGCACAGUACAGUUUCUGUUGCGCUUAUCUAUAGAAGAGGCUUUGCUUUCUUUUAAGUUAGGAAGUAUAUCAGUGUUAGACUUCUUAUGUCAUUAUUUUAUUUUACACAGAUGACAAACGAAGUGAAGAAAAGACUGAAUCAAGUGAAGGUGCCUCUGCGGGCAAGUCCAAAAGGCGUUUCCCAGAUUUUGGGUACGGAGUGCAUGUUUUUAAAUGAUAGAAUGUUUGUUAAAAGUUCCUGUAACUGAACUGCAGUUUUAUCAUGUGUCAAAAACAAAUUUGAUGCUAAUCUGCAUAACUGGCAGCUGGGAAUAAUUGUGUGCAUGAUUGUCUCAAAAUUGAAGAUGACACUGGUUUGAAGAAUACGCGUAAGUGGAAAUAACCGCGCUUCAAACUUCUUUGUUCCUCUGGCAUCUCAAAGCUUUAAUAAUUUGCUUCAUGCCGUAAGGGUCCUUCAGUGCUUGAGUGACUGAUCUUUGGGAAUGGCUUUGCCUCAGUCUGCAAUCUUAAACACACUUCAAUAAGAAAUAAAUUUUAUUUGGGAUAGGCACCUUUAGGAUCAGACCAUACACAUUCAGAUAAAUAAAGAACGUUGUUCUGUUGCAUUAUGACAACAUAUAAAGGUUAUAUCUUUUAUUGUAGGGCUUUUAUGUUUAAAAUUUGAGAUAAUAAAUCUAGCUAAAUUGCAGUUGGUUCUGUAUGAGACCAGCAAGUUAUUUUUAAAGUGGAAUGCUUUUAUUGUUGUUUAACUUUGUGCAUCUUUAGAGAAGGAUGCACAGGUUCCCCUGUCAGAGUUGAGGGUAAAAUUACAGUGUAUGUCUAUAGCUCAUAACUGAAAUAAUUAUUCAUGUGUAGUGACAGCUUCACUCUGGAGAAGUCUGGAAAUCGUUCCUUUGUAUCCCUCUCCUUUGAAACCCAAGACAUGAACUCUGGCUCAUAACAGCAGCCACCAUUGUAGCACAGAGCAAAGAAGGCACAGAUGGGAUGGGAUGUAAAGUUGUGGGUGUUCAAGACAAUUCUUGUUUUGGGGGAGAGACCAUAGAUAUCAACAGCUAAGGAUGCACCUAUGUGUCUUGAGUUAUAUUUACUAGGUUAUAUGAUGAUGAGUUGCUUCUUUUUUUCCUUCAGUGUAUAUUCUCAUAAUGGAAUAUUACAAAAUAUUUGUUAUAAUUGAUUGCACUGUGAAAUACAUUUGAAAUGUGAACCAUAUUUCUAUUUAUAAUUGACAAUUGGGCUGGUUCAAAGAUAGUGGGUCAUUUCAGUUUAACUUGAUUGCUUGUGGUCAAUUGGGGAUUGAUCUACUUGUUCUCUCAUUUACCCCACUUCCCAUUACUAUACUUGACUAGUGUGAAUUGACAAUUGUGUGAAACCUAUUGAUUUAUUUUGCAGUAUGCCACAGAUAUAUUGGGACAGAUUUGACUUAGCUAAUUUGUGCGUUUUAUUAAACUACUUUCUUUAAUUUCAGGGGCCUAAGAAAAUCUGGUGGUAAAGGGAAGAAGCAAGAAAAAGAAAAUGCAAGGAGUUCGCUAGAUAGCCGGUACUUAGAGAAGCAUUUUAUGUUCUUAACUAUGCAUUCCAAUGAAUUGUGCAAUUUGAACAGUCAUCUGAAUGAAUAUACAUCAUUCUCAAUUUUAUAUCGCGUUCAUUGUUAGAAUGUUGAACCUCAGUUUCAGUCUUUUUGAAAAAGGAAAGUAUUCAAAGGCAAUCAGAUUUACUUUUAAAGUGUUUCAUAGCUGGUAACAUACUAGUGCCCAGUUUGUAAAAAGAUAACAUAGCAGGAAAGCUACUUCUGAAAUAUUUUAUACAUAAUAAUUUAGACCUACUAGUCUGAAUAACAUUAAAUUGCUUUAAACUGUGUGGUGUAUAAUGUGUUGUCGUGUACUGAUGAUGAAAAUAUGACUCUUAUGUCAUAUCUGUUCCACAUGGUAUGAUUAUUUGUACCAUAGAUUGUCAAAGCUCAUACAUGAAAAAUUACAUUCUUUCAGGGGCUCUCGAGAAUUGCUGGAAGACUCUGUCAACAACUUAUCUGCGUCAGAUUCAGAUUCCCCUAUCCCAACUUGUAUGCCUUUCUCCUGGUUUGGAGACAGCCAUAAAGAGCAUAGUUCUAGUAGCACCCUGAGCUUUUCUCAGGGUGGUCAUGAUGUUGCAUUGGAACAGAGCCAGGAGAAGAACAGAAACAAGGUAAAUGGUGUUUAUUUGUAUAUACUUUGCACAUUUAGAUUUGAUUAAUGUUGCUCAAGAGUUAAAUGCUGUGACAAGUAUCGUAAAAACGAAACAUGUGCAAGUUGUUCACCUUAGGAAAUAAUAUGUUAUGUAUGACUAGUGAUCCCCUGUGGCAUUCAAAAGUAUUUUUACUAGUGCUGACUUAUUUUCUCCAGCUUUCCCAAUUACGAUAAGGCUAGCCUAUUAAGAACAAUGGAUUGCGAUCCAAGCAUGCCCUCCCAUGAACAUAAGGGCUUAUUCUGUUCACAGAAAGAACUCUGAACCAACGGAGGCUUCCACUGGAGGAAAUGGUGUAGUGGAAAUUCCUUGUUAAAGAGUUCAUCAUCAUGUUGCUUUCUGAAAAAACUAAAGGCUUUGCAUGUACACAAAUGAAAAUCGAAAAUCUGCACAUUAAAAGACAAUGGUUAUGGCAAAGCUGUCUGCAGUCACAUGAUGCUUUUUUCUACUUUGUCCUUGCCACCCAUUAAAUGUGCAUGUUGUUGCAUGCUUGAUCCUUUCUAUAUGGUAAUAACUUCGACAAAAAAAAUGUGCUACUCUUCCCAUAGUUUUCUUUCGUUUUGUGGAUUCCAUAUUUGUUUCAGUUUGUUAAAUUAAUCUACAUGUGCAUUUCAAGCCAUCAGCAUCUCAUUUUUUAUGUUUUGGUCUUGGAAAAGAUUUCUAAACCUCGGAAGUGUGUACAAUCUAUGCCAGCAGAAGUUUAACCAACAUAAAAUACCUUAAGUGUUUUUAUGCCUGCUUGUGUCCACAUUCAAUGGUUGAACAGUUUACUCACAUCAACUUGUGAGUUGUCAGAUAGGUGAGACAGUGUGAUUGUGACUUUAGUUCUUCCCAUGCAGGGAAUUGACUCAGGGUGCAAUCUUAUGCACACUUACCUGGGAGUAAGUUCUCUUGAACCCAUCAUGCUUACUUCUGACCAGAGGUGGGGAACGUUUUUCAUUUCUAUGGCCACAUUCCCUUGUGAGGAACCUUCUGGAUGUCUUAUGCUAAUGGUGGGUGUGGCCCCAGGGCUGCAUAGAGAGAGGCCUUCAGGGCUGAAUUUAGCUCCUCUGUCUGACAUUCCCCAUUCCUGAUGUAUAGGGUUGCACUGCCAGUCAUUUAAAACAAAAUGCAUGGUGUCUUUGUCCAGACAGUUGUAGGUCUGUCUUUAGAACUUUCUGAUUCUGUAUCUCUAGCCUUUUCAGUUCAACCCAGGGUUGAUAACUUGCAACUGCAGUGAGCACAGUAGUGCUUAACUACACUUGAAUGUAUAUGGCUUUAAAAGCACCUUUCUGUGCUUGAGCCACAUCUUUUUGUACUGUUAUGAGAGAGUGGUUCAUUGUUUUCUGUUUGCAUAGAUAAGUCUUGCCUGUUAUUGCAGACCUCAAAAGCUAUGUAAGAAUUGUCACCACAUGGUACCUAUGAUAAAUACCAGUGAUACAUUCAGUUUUAUUAAAGUCAGGUUUGUUGUGCUGUGGUUCUCAGAGUGGGAAAUGCAUGUUUCUAAAGAAAUAGGACCAGGUAGGAAGGAUUGCACUUCCCUGAUCUAAUGAAGGAAUGAAGGUUAAAGUUUGAAGAAGCAUUAAAAUAUAGGAAGCUAUAAAGGCUUUGUGCCUGUUUACCUGUGCCCAUAAUUACUUCCUCCUUCCAUAGCUUGUUUCAUAUACACUACUAAAAUAAGGUAACAGACACACCUCAAUUCAUGUGAGCCCUUUGUUCCCCAGGUAAUCUUCUCCUGCCUCCUAUUUUGUUGGGCUUUGUUGCCGUUAUAUUUUUGUGCCUUUGAGUGAAGGAAACUAAAUACACCAGCUAUAAGGCAGGCACAGCAGUGGAGCGUAUGCCUGCGCUACCUGUGGCGGGUUGCAGAACAUGCCCCCGAGGAGUGCGGAGGGCACCCUCCAGUGUGCCAGAGUACAAGGUUGGAGAGAGGUGGGGAGCUCCUGCCUAUUCUCUUCCUGCUUUCCGCUGCUGGGUCAGGCCCGACCUGGCAGGAGAGCUGCUAUGGCCAAGAAUUGGCUGAGGAGAGUGGGAGGCAGCUUUGCCACUCUCUCUCCCCCUGCUGUCUGCCACCGGGUCAAGCCUGACCCAGUGGCGGAGGCAGAGCUACUGCAGCCAGGCGCAAGGCGCCUUGCCGCCUAGGAGGGUGGACAGCAGCUUUACUGCUGCCUCUCCUGCUUUCUGCCGGCAGGUCAGACCUGCUCCGAUGAAGGAGCCUGCUGUGGGGGCACCUUUUUGGGCCCCCUCUCAAAAUUGCACCAAUGCCCCCCCAUGCUACGCCUCUGGGCAGGCAUAGUUUUUCUCGCUUCUUGUGGGCUUGUUGGGAGUGAGAUGGAUUUGAAUCCAAGGCCUCCUUGAUCCAUCACAAUGUGGCCCUAUUCUUUUCCUAUCACCAUUGGCCUCUAGUAGUGGACCAUCUACUCCACCUGCAGAGUGGUAGAUCUUCAGGAUCCAGUGGUCCCCCCCUCUCUAAGGGGCAUAAUUACUACUAAAAUACCCGGUCCUCCCAAUUUUCUUGUUCCAUCUUUGCCUCCAUGAAAUCCCAUAACCAUCACCAUACAUAUGUGUAACAGACAGCUGGCAGGAUAGAAAUACAUGUUACUGUCGAUUUUGGUGCUUCAUUCCAGCCAUCCCUCAGCCUGUGUUAUUUUGGACUAGCUAUUCUCUCCUCCCAUAUUAGACAGGAAGAGGACUCAGCCAAUGCCUGUUGGGCUGCUGAAUAUUAUUACUUAAUGUAUUUAUAUCCUGCCUUUCUCCCAAAUUGUGAUUCAGGGCGGUGAGUAUCUGAGAGGGUGGCAGAUUAGGGAAGCCAGCUUUAGGGGAGGGGGAGUCAGCAAGGGUGCAGCAGGCAAGUGUCAGUCCUGGGGGGGCCCCUCAGCAUUUGCUUGACCAUUGUGGGUGCUAAUGUAGGGCCUGCUUGCUCUAAAUAGGGCAGGUGGUGCAAGGACAGUAGCAAAAGGAAAAGUUAUCAUGGCAGGAAGCCAUACUGCUUCCUGUUUUUCUUACUCUGCCUGCAACUUGAAAGCAGGGAUGGAACAUUUGGAAGCAGAGUCAUUUGUGCUCCUCAAGACCAGGAGCUGCCCAUGGUGCAGGUCUUGGUUCCAGUCUCUGAUAAUCAGAAAACUAAGGUCAAAGUGUAAUCCCUCCCUAGCCCCCAUUAAGGGAAUGAAUUCACGACUAACCCUAUUCAUUCCUGACUAACCCUAUGUGCUGAAAAUAGCUCCCAGAACUCUCUGAAUGUUUCUAUAGAUCAGAUGAUAAGAGCCCAAUACUUGUGUAUUGUGAAUUGGGAGAGAGUCAUGAUGAAUGUAGAUAAGCUUAGUUCAGAGUUACUGGAAAUAAAUGAUUAGUUAUUUUUACUUUUAAAAAAAUAAGACACUGUGCCUCCUUGUGAUUUAUUGUUCCAAGGGGGAAGUUAACAACACAUUAUUUUCACUUGUUUGCAGAGUAGAAUUGUCAUAGAUGAUUCAUACGAUAGCAAGCCAAGUUGUGAUCUGUCAGGGUUAGUGACAGAACCAAAUCUUUCAGGGCGUUCACACACUUUAACCUUCUCUUCAAACGAGGUGAGUUUCAGUGUGUCUGUGUAUUGUUGAUAUCACAAUUCAGACUAUAUUAUGCAAUUUAAGUUUGUCUCUAUGAAAAGAGCAGGUUAUCAUCAUUGCACCUUAAUAUUUUUAUAAGCCCACAUUGAAAAAUGUACCUAGGAGACAAAAAGUAUUUUUCUUGUUAUUAGUUUUGGGUUUGAUAUAUUGUUGACAACAUUUACACUGAGCUACUUUGCAUGUAACCGAAGCCAAACCAGGACUGAAUGUGCAUCUGCUCUACUCUUGCAUUGCAAGAAAAAAAAACACUUUAAUUAAAUUCCUAACAUUAUAAGACAGCUAAUUGAUUAAUAGUACCAUCAGCCAAUGCAGUUUGCUUUCUAUGCUUCUGCUAUUUGUGUGAAUGGCAUGCAUCAGUACUUCUAACAGAAUACACAUUGUCUUCCUCAUUUCAGUCUUUUGGCUGUAGAGCUUAAUUCUUGCUGCGUUAUUUUUGAAAUAUUUUUAGAUCAUUAUAAAGCCAAACAUUUUUUGAAUUUCCUAAAUUGGAUCUUUCAAAACUUUGCAGACUUCAGUGAGGAAGGUUUUGUGGUGCCAGCUAAGUUCAGCCUUCAGUAUGGAGUUUCACAGCUCCUCAUGUAGCAUCUGGGCAUUUGGCCCUAUAGGUACUCUACUCUUAUGAAUAGUUCUUUCUUGAACAGUUUUGUGUCUAUACACUAUGUUGACCUUUCACCUCUCUUUCAAAUUACUCCGUAAUUCAGUUUAGAUGGAUACUGUUCCUUGCGACUCUCUUCCAGUUGUCUUGAGGAUUUUGCACUCUCAGCACAAUAGGGCCGGAUUUUAUUCUUCAUUUUCUCUCUCUGCAUCAACGGGGCUUUCAGAAACUGACCUUUACUUGAUUUCUAGAAAUGGAAUUUGCAUAUCUCUACAAGGAAGGAUGGAGAUAGUUUCCUUUCAGUAACACAAGUUAAUGUUUUUGAGUAAAUAUUGGAUACUUGCUUGUGCUAAACAUUUUAAUGUAACAAAAGGAGCAGUUUAUUUGUAUUUUUAAAAAAUACCGUAUUUUUCGUCCCAUAGGACGUUCCGUCCCAUAGGACGCACCUAGUUUUUUGGGGGGGAAAUAAAGGAAUUUCCCCCCACUUUAUUUCCCCCGCAAAACCAGGUUGGGGAAAUCAAACCAGGUCAAGGAACAGCGGGAUGGUGGCACUGUGCCUCCCCGCUGUCCCCCGAGCUUGUGGGGCUGGCCGAUGUCUGCCCGGCGUGCGGGUGCCCUGAAGCAGAGCGCCCCGCGCGCCGGACAGCAGGCUGCUAUCCGCAGCCUAGGGAGCCCUGCGGGAACUCCCACAGGGCUCCCCAGGCUGCGGAUGUCUGCCCAGCGGGUGGGGCGCUCUGCUUCAGGGCGCCUGUGCACCGGACAGCAGGCUGCUAUCCGCAGCCUAGGGAGCCCUGCAGGAACUCCCGCGCGCUCCCCAGGCUUGCUGAUAGCUUCCUGAAGCCUGGAGAGCGAGAGGGGUCGGUGCGCACCGACCCCUCUCGCUCUCCAAGCUUCAGCGAAAGCCUGCAUUCGCCCCAUAGGACGCACACAGAUUUCCCCUUCAUUUUUGGAGGGGAAAAGGUGCGUCCUAUAGGGCGAAAAAUACGGUAUGUCUACAAGAGUAGCUGACAAGCCUGGCAUUGUGAAACAGGCUCGGAAGAAGUAUUCUGUGUUCACGGACAUCACUUGUUAAUUCCUUGUUUUUAUAUUAUAACUUGAAAAGUUAUUUUGCUUUUAAAUUUGAACAACAAGUGGCUCUUGCAUUCGUGAUCCCUGCUGCUUUCAGGUGGUCCUUGCAUCUACAUUGAAAGUAAAAGAAAUGCUGAAGAGCCCAGGUGGGGAGGCUGUGUGAAGUUUGCAUGCUGUAGCAAAGAGGUAGUUUCCCUUUCCAGUUAAAUUUCUCAAAUUUAACUGAAAAAGUGCCUUGCCUCUUCAGCACUGUAAGGUGCUAUGAUGGAAACUUGUAAGAAACCUGUUUGCCCCCAUAUGCAUGCAUAGUUUGAUCUAGAGCAAUGCAGCAGUUAGUUCAUAAACCAUUGCUAUCAUUUAAAGAAAUAAGCAGUAAACCAAUAAAAAAAUGAGCUGCAAGUACAAUAACAAAAGUAGGGAUCACAUACUACAUUUUUACAAGCAUAUAGAAAGCAACCUUGAGUUAGUGGUGCAAAUGCCAUUGCUGAAUUUUAACAAAAAAAAUUGUAUUAUCAGUACUUCAUUUUUUUAAAGUUCAAUGAAGAUGCAUAAUCAGCAUGGUUAGUCUUUAUGUAUUGUGAUCCUUUUCUUUUCGGCACAGGAUGAAAUAAAGAGUUUUUAGUGUUUGUCUUGAGUAAGAAAGAAAAACUUCCUCUUCAACCAAACACUGUAUGAUAGCUUUAGAAAAAUAGAAAAAUAGUUUUUGUUUCUAGCCUUGGUAGGUCAGAAGUAUGCCCUUUGUCCCCUUAGCUACAGACUCCUAAUAAAAGUUGGGGAACCAAAGAAACCGUGGCACUCUUGUACAAAAUGAAUAUACAGUAAUACAUAAUAGUUUUGUAUUUUUCCGCUAAUGACACAUCCAGACCGAGGUGGUAUUUUAAGUGAUAAGUUGUAAAAACUGACUCACUAUCUCCAUAAAAUGAAUUCAGCAAGAGAGACCUACCCAACAGAUAAAAGGAGUGUUUUGUUCCCUUCUCUCUAGCAUGAAGUGUUCACUCUGAUGUGGACUUUCACCAGCAGUUCAUUUGCUUUGGCCUAAUUUCCAUUUCAAGGGCAUUUGUGAUGUAUGUAUGGAAACAGUAUAAUAUAGGUGGACUUUAUGUGGCACAAACAUAGAGAGUGGUAUGCCAUCAAGUUUUACUUAGAGUAGACCCAUUGAAAUAAAUGAACAUGACUAAGUGAGGGCCAUUAAUUUAUGUAGAUCUACUCUGAGUAAAACUUACCACCUAGAGUGCUGCACCUAGAAGACCAGAAACUGUAUGAUCCUUUACAAUAAUUUAAAACUCUCUUUUGGACAUUCGGUCAGUGAUACCAUAAAACGAGUGAAUUUGAGAAUACCUCUAAGUUAUCGAGCAGGGUCUGAAAAUCCUAUAUCUCACGAACCUGGAAAUUUACACUUGGUUCAGCGAGUCCACAUUUUCAUAAAGGUAUUUACAAUGAGCGUUCUUUAAAUUACUGUGCGUUGAUACAUGUGUUCAGACACUUUGCACUAUUGGAAUUAAAUAAUAAAACAAACUGAAAUAUUGGAGGGGAGACCAGCUAUGCACUCAACAAUUCAAAGUCUUGAAUGUUUAUAUUUUAUAUAUAUAUAUCAGAAAUGGAGUAAGUUAAAUUGCUAUGUACCUAAGUAAAAGCUGAUUUGCUUUGUUAGACUUCCGAUGAUGAACCAUCAACUACAGGGAAACAAAACCAGUGGCACAGUCGGCCCAUUUCUGAAUGGACAACACAACAGGUGUGCCAUUGGCUAAUGGGAAUGAAUAUGGAGCAGUACAUUGCGGAAUUCACAGCCAAAUGUAUAGAUGGACAGCAGUUAAUGCUGCUUGACAGUGACAAGUUGAAGGUAAGCUUGUAUACCUGCUGCCUUAUGCCAUGCCAAAACUAUGCACUGAAAAUCUGAACACACUUAAUAAUAUAAGUACAAAAAGGUAAAGGACCCCCGACAGUUAAGUACAGUCGCAGACGACUCUGGGGUUGCGGUGCUCAUCUCACUUUACAGGCCGAGGGAGCUGGCAUUUGUCUGCAGACAGUUUUUCUGGGUCAUGUGGCCAGCAUAACUAAGCCGCUUCUGGCGAAACCAGAGCAGUGCACAGAAACGCCGUUUACCUUCCCGCCGGAGCAGUACCUAUUUAUCUACUUGCACUUUGAUGUGCUUUCGAACUGCUAGGUUGGCAGGAGCAGGGACCGAGCAACGGGAACUCACCCCAUUGCGGGAAUUCGGACCGCCAACCUUCUGAUUGGCAUGCCCAAGAGGCUUAGUGGUUUAGACCACAGUACCACCCACGUCCCUAAUUAAGUCCUUAAUACCGCGUCCCUAAUAUACUUAUAAGUACUGUACUGUAUAGUGUUAUGUGUUGAUAAUUUAGGGGUUGGCUUCCUUCAAUUCCUUGUUACAUAAAAUAGAUUCAUUUUACUGGGUGUUUUUGUUGUUGAAUUAGGACACACAUUUUUAACGUAUCCUAAGUUAAUGCAUUAAGCUUUGACUGUAUGAAAUGUUAGUAUGUUAAAAAGUAGUCAAAAAGGUUUUCUGGGCUUAUCAGAUGUUGCCAUCUGCUGAUAAAAAACUAUACUGCACCAUGCUAACACAAUGUUACUAGCUUCUCAUAUUCCAUGGCAGCACAUCUGUUUGGCCUUCCUUUAGGGACCUCACAGCAGUCACAUAAAGUAAUGUAACCCUAUUUGAGCAUGUAGAAUGUUUCUUUAGACCCUAACUAUAGGGUGCUACUCUAUUGGGACACGGGUGGUGCUGUGGUCCAAACCACAGAGUUUCUUGGGUCGGUAGUUUGAAUCCAUGCGAUGGAGUGAGCUCCUGUUGCUUUGUCCCAGCUUCUGCCAACUUAGCAGUUCCAAGAGCAUACCAGUGCAAGUAGAUAAAUAGGUACCACUGCCGCAGGAAGGCAAAUGGUGUUUCUGUGUGUACUCUGGCACUUGUCAUGGUCCUCCUUGCACCAGAAGCGGUUUAGUCAUGCUGGCCACAUGACCCGGAAAGCUGUCUGUGGACAAACACCAGCUCCCUCAGCCUUAAAAGCAGCAUGAGUGCUGCACCCCAUAGUCACCUUUGACUGGACUUAACCGUCCAGGGGUUCUUUUUUAUAGGGUGCUACCGUAAGGUUGGGGGACGCGGGUGGUGCUGUGGUGUAAACCACUGAGCCUUGGGCUUGCCGAACGGAAGGUCGGUGGUUUGAAUCCCUGCGACGGGGUGAGUUCCCAUUGUUUGGUCUCAGUUCCUGCCAACCUAGCAGUUCAAAAGCAUGUCAAAGUGCAAGUAGAUAAAUAGGUACCGCUCUGGCGGGAAGGUAAACAGUGUUUCCAUGCGCUGCUCUGGUUUCGCCAGAAGUGGCUUAGUCAUGCUGGCCACAUGACCCGGAAAAACCAUCUGUGGACAAACGCUGGCUCCCUUGGCCAGUAGAGCGAGAUGAGCACCGCAACCCCAGAGUUGUUUGCGACUGGACUUAACUGUCAGGGGUCCUUUACCUUUUUACCGUAAGGUUAUUUUUGAAGAGAGUUGUGCCAGUCCAAAGAAGUUGCUCUGAAGCCCAGCAAAAUUAAUAGGCUUUAAGGUAGCUGCAAGCAACUUGUCCUCUUACUACCAGUACCUCAGCACUGUGAAUGCAAAUGGCCACUGCACCAUGCCUGAGUAGGUAAACUUUAGUAUGAUCUGGCCUGGAUACAGAUAACUACUGAUAGCAAUUUUCAUGGCUAUUGAAGCAUUCCCUUCAUCUUUUGAAGCCCCAUGAAUUGUUGUUGAACAGUCCAGUUCACACUAAUCUUUACUCGCAUGAUCAUGGGUAUACUCAUGAAGACAUUUUAUGACUGUUAGUGAAUAUGAGGGAAAUGUGUGGAUUCGCCCCUUAAGGUUGGUUCUUCCAACUAUGUAUUUAGGAGUCAAGGAAAUUUAAGUAUUUCACAUUAAGCUGUCCCAGGUUUGUACUACUUGCAAACCAUUCUUGUCUGCGCUAAGAUGCUUUUUGUUCUGACUACAACAUUUCUCUUCAGCUUGUUUAAAUCAUUUGUAUUCCUUCCAUAGAUUUGCUGAAUUUUGUAGUUUGCGGGGGGGAAAAUUAGUUUGGAUGUUGUUUUCGUUGUACUGUAAUGAUAAUUAAUGGUUGUGAGUACUGCUGAAAAUCCAAAACUCAUGCAGUAACAAAGGGCAUUGUUUAUGCUGCAAAUAUUUCUACUUCGUAGAAUAUAAUAAAAUGUGUUUUUUUUCUAUGAAAGGCCCUGGGAGUAUCCAGUCAAAAUGACCGAUCAACAAUAAAGAAGAAAAUUAAAGAUAUUAAGAAAGCACAAGAGAAGCUGGAGAAACAGAAAGAAAAGUUUCAAAAGAAAGAGAAAGAAGUCCGGAGAACUGGCAGAGUGGUGGCCACUGUAGAAUCAAGCUGCUAAAAUUCUUUAAAAUAUCCUAUGCAACUACUUAAUCUGGUGUAGUCACAAGGGCUAGUGGAACUAUGCCAAGGUAAUGUUUCAAUAUCUUUAUUUUUAUCAGACUCCCUUCAGCUUGAAGAAGUGUCACAAUUGUAUAUUACUGUAUAAUUAUGAAUGGGGGAGGUGGGAAGUGAUAGCUUUUACAAUAUAGGUUUUUUAAUCUCCCAUUUCUACAGUCCUUCCCUGUUUAUAUGAUUCAUCAAAUGAAAUAUUUUCCAUUUUUUAUAUUUAGAUCGUUAACUUGUACUAAUGAACAGUAAAUUAACUUUGCAUUAAGUAAUGUGUAUAUAUGUAUUACUUAUUCUAGGUCCCUGAAGUGUCUAUCAGAAGUAUAUACAGUUUUGAUGAAUAGGAUGUGAACAUAAAUUGCAGUAUAAUGUUGGGUGGUAUCUGGUAUAGAGAGACAGUAUCAGGUCAUUAUGUUCUGUUGAAGAGAAGUUUGUUGCCACUAGUGUUGUAUAGAGGAAAAAUUAAGUUUAAAAAAUAAUAGAAAAUUAAUUUAAUCGUAUUUUGACUUAAUGAUGUGUUUAAAAUCCUGUAUUUUCCAGAGUUCAUUUUAAAUUCAAAAUGUAUUGUAGUAAUAUAAUUCAUGACUUGCAUCUUGGCUUUCUUAUUUUCUAAAAUAAGAUAACACUAAGUUUCUAAGCUGAGUAUGUUGAAGCAGGAUUUCAAAGUUUAUUGAUCAAUUUUAUACACUUUUGUAUGGACUAUGGGGUUUUAUAAUCCAUGUAAGAUCAAAUUGUAAUACAUGCAUUACACUUUCCUACUCAAGAUACUGAGGACCAAAAAUAUAUUUUUACUAAACUUUCAAUGUUAUUGGUCUUCCUAAUACCAGAAUGGGAAUAGCCGGAGGAGGUAUGAAUUGAAGCACUGGGUUUCUGCAGUGUGUAUAAUUACACUGUAGACUACGAAAUGUCUUCCUGUUCAUGAGUUGCAUUUGUUUUCCAGAACAGUGUCAAACACAAUUGCCAUGUGCUGUUGGGUAACACAUAAUCUGUUGUAGGAAAAAAUACACUACAUUGGAGUGGCACUUUUGAGAAAUGAAAUAAAUUUCAUUCAAAAAAGAA